GCAAAGAACGGUGACAUAGACCCGACCGUGCAGGAUGAAGAUGAUAGAGGAAUCUGGGGAUCACAAUGGGAGUUCCUUCUCUCGUGUAUCGGCCUAUCUGUCGGGAUCGGAAAUGUGUGGCGUUUUCCCUAUCUCGCCUACGAUAAUGGCGGCGGUGCCUUUCUCAUACCAUACAUAAUUGUGCUGCUGUUGGUGGGAAAGCCCAUGUACUACAUGGAGCUUGCGCUGGGACAAUAUGGCGGCGAGGCACCCUUAACCAUCUUUUCUUGCGUGCCCAUCGCUAAAGGUGUCGGCGCUGCUAUGGUCAUGGUCUCCCUGAUAGUAGCGAUUUAUUACAACGUGAUAAUGUCCUACACGCUAUACUACAUGUUUGCCUCCAUGCAAAAAGUAUUACCAUGGACGACAUGCAAUAAUGAAUGGAACACGAAGUACUGUUACGUGAGGGGUGAAAACAUCACAUACUUCACGAAUCUGAUCGCCAACACGAGUUUGACAUUGAAAACGGCCGCAGAAGAGUAUUACAACAACAAGGUACUCGGAGCUAACGUGAUCGAGGAUGGAGUCCAGGUCUCGUCCUACAACAUCGCGAAUCUCGGCCCCAUCAAGUGGGAUGUCGUCCUCUGCUUGCUCCUGUCCUGGAUCGUCGUCUUCGCCUGUCUCAUGAAGGGUAUUAAGUCAUCCGGCAAGGUAUGCGCGCCGUGGGUGUGUCUACCUCCUGUCGGUGUGCUCAUCUACGUGCUAAUGUCCCUGCACACGAAAAUAGACGAGAAUGCCGAGCUCAUCGAGCAGGAUUUGGAGCCGCUGAAUGAGAAGGAACUGAUAAUCAAAGACAACGUCAUCGGCACCAUGGUGUAG